AUGAGCGUGGUGGUGCAGCAUGUGGAGGAGAAAGCUGUGCACUCCUGGUCACGGAUCUCCACGGCGGGGAAGAAGGCCCUGGAGGAAGCGUUGCUUGUCUUCAACCCCAUGAGCCAGGAUCUCAGUGCCACUGAGGCCCAGCUUGUGGCCUUCCUGCAGGGCCUGCGGGAUGAUGGCUUCCAGCCUACCAUCCUGCGCAGCGGCGAUGUCUAUGGCUAUAGUUCGUGCACAGCCAACCCCCCAAGCCAGACAAAACUUCAGGCUCGUGCCCCCACCCCAGCUGCCACAUCACCUCCAGCCAGUGCUCCCCAAACUGCCAUGCAGCUGCCUGCAGGCCGGGCCACGCUGCUCCCCAUGCCACUAUCUGGCAGGCUGGCCAAAGCGUCCACUCCAGCCCUCGCCAAGCAUGCUACCACCAACCUGCUGCUGAGCUCCUUGAAGCAGUCAAGUGCCGGCCGUGCCCAGGGUGCGGCGGUGGGCUUUCCCACCCACCUCUAUCCAGGUGUCUACCCUGCCAUGCGACUCUCCGUUGUCCUUGAGGCCCUAGUUCCCCUCAAAACUCCCGUGGCCUGCUUGGGUGCCAAACACAAGGCUCAAUCACUGCAGCUGUCUCUUGCGGACUCCCCCCAGAAGGUGCGGAAAGGUCAAGGGAAGAGGCUGGGGAAUGCCCAGCUCAAAGCUCCCAGGAAGGCCACAAGCAAGGGCCCUAAGUGUCUGGCUCGAAGAGGCCCCAGGUCUGGACCCCAGCAAGGCACUGGGCUCCAGAGCAAGGCCUGCAAAGUCACUGGGUCUCUCGGUGGCCCACGAAUGAAAGAUGGCAGUGCUCUGGGCACCAAAGCAGCUCAGGCCAAAGCUGCCCGUGCCCAGGUCAAGGUGGCUCAAACACAGGCCACAGCCACCCAGGCCCGGGCCAAAGCCAAGGCCGUGCGGGCCAGGGCCAAGGCUAAGGCAGCUGGGAGCAAGGCCAGGGCAGUGCAGGCCAGGGCCAAGGCCAAAGCAGUGCAGGCCAAGGCCAAGGCCAAGGCUGUGCGAGCCAAGGCCAAGGUGGCUCGGACCCAGCCCAGGGGCAGGGGCAGGCCUAAAGGGUCUAUUCAGGGCAGGACUGCAAUGAGGAGCCGGAAGAGCUGCCCUGAGACUGGGGGGCAGAAGAGGAAAAGAGCUGAGGAAGCAAAGGACCUUCCUCCCCGGAAGAAAACACGGCUUGGGCCCCGAUCCCCUAAGUUGCAGCUCGGACCUGGAACGGCAAGGCUGCUGAAGUUCAGGGCCAUCAAGGUGGACAGACUGGCCUCAGACGACGAGGUGCGGCAGCAGGCUCAGCGGAUCCUCCGUGUGAACCUUUCCCCUGUAAUACGACUCCAGCCAUUGCUGCCACACUCAGCACCCUGA